AUGCCUUCUCCUCACUUGGAGUCAGGCAUCCUCCCCAGUGCAAACUCACUCCUGACUCCUGCAUCACCUGAACACAUCCCAGAAAUUGGGAGGAUCCAAGUAAACAAGACCUUCUAUGAGGUGCUUGAUGUAUUAUUCUUGAGCACAGGCUUUCUAGGAAGGGGUACUGUUUGUUACCUUGCACGCUACAAUGGGGAAUACUACAUCAUCAAGGAUUAUUGGGUGGAGGAGUCAGAGCAGAGGACAGCCCUGCACGAAGUCAACAUGAUGAAGCUAGUCCAGGACAUUGACAGAGUUCCCAAGUUGCAACACUACUGGGUCAUCAAGGUUGAGCCAGGCAUUCAGGCUCUUGAGAGGGGUGUCCUCCAUCAAGAUUGUAGCAUCAACAAUACAAUGAUCAAGGACUUCACAAAUGGGUCACACAGCUUUCUCCUUGACUGGGAAUUUGCUGUACGGGUCAUGUUACAGGGGGAAUAUGACUUGGGUGGCACAGAAGCCAUCACUAAAAGUGGGAAGACUAAUGUCCCAUCGAUCUGGAAAAGUGCCUCUCUCACCCACAUAUUCAUUGAUCACCCUACUACUAUACACCAUACAUUUGUGGAUGAUAUUGAAUCCCUGUUCUACAUUUUCAUCUGGAUCCUCAUCCUUUAUGAUGGGCCACUUGGCCAUGAGUGUCAAGAUAUCAGCCAUGAAAAGACACUUCUUGGCUUGUGGAGUGAAAAGGUGGCUGAAGAUCUCGAAAUUGCCAGAUGCACCAAGUUCACAUUCCUUAAUGACCUGUCUGAAUUGAGGCUGGAUUCCAAGGUCUUGCAAUAUUUUCAAGAUCUAAUCCCUCUGGCUAAUGAGUGGCACAUAUUGCUUGGGCAGUCCCUGCUGAGUGGAACUGCAGUGCAGUUCUCUGAUGUUAUCUCCCUUUUUGAUCAUUUCUUGGCCAGCAUGCCAUACGAGAAACCACCAGAGAUGACAAAUGCAUUCCAGCAGAUCAUUGCCCAGCACAAAGUGCUUAAUUCAAGCAUGCGUCCAAGUCAGGAGAAUGAUAUGGAUGUUAUGUCUUUGGCAAUUAUGUCUUCUAAAUGCCUUUGUGAAGAGUGUUUCAAUUCAUUUGCAGCAGAUGUCCACCCAAUCUGGAACAAUCCCACCAAAAAAGAAGGAUAG